UGUAAUUGUAAUCAUUCACCACAUCAUUCCACACCUCACUUCAUUCAUUCACUUAAUUCGGUUCGGCCUCGUUCGGCCAUUUUGUGUUUGACUUUCGUCGUUGCCACUGUUCAACAAUGGCGGACGCUGCUCCAGCCGGUGGACGUGGUGGUUUUCGCGGUGGUUUUGGUUCUCGUGGGGGCGAUAGAGGCCGUGGUGGCCCACGAGGCCGUGGACGCGGUCGUGGACGCGGCCGUGGUCGCGGGAAAGAAGAUCAGAAAGAAUGGGUUCCAGUAACUAAACUGGGCCGCCUGGUUCGCGAAGGCAAAAUCGACAAACUCGAGAGCAUUUACUUGUUUUCUCUGCCCAUCAAAGAGUUUGAGAUCAUUGAUUUCUUCCUUGGGCCAUCUUUGAAUGAUGAGGUUUUGAAGAUCAUGCCUGUGCAGAAACAGACGCGUGCCGGUCAGCGUACGCGUUUCAAGGCGUUUGUAGCUAUCGGAGACAACAAUGGUCACAUUGGGCUUGGUGUUAAGUGCAGUAAAGAAGUUGCUACUGCUAUCCGUGGAGCUAUUAUCCUGGCUAAACUGUCCGUAUUGCCUGUGCGCAGAGGCUACUGGGGUAACAAGAUUGGCAAACCCCAUACUGUACCAUGCAAGGUCACUGGCAAGUGCGGUUCUGUCACCGUGAGGCUGAUUCCUGCACCUCGUGGUACUGGUAUUGUGUCUGCACCAGUCCCCAAAAAGCUGCUACAGAUGGCUGGUGUCCAGGAUUGCUACACAUCUGCCCGUGGUUCCACUGGCACACUCGGCAACUUUGCCAAGGCUACUUAUGCUGCUAUUGCCAAAACGUAUGCCUACCUGACUCCGGACUUGUGGCGUGAUAUCCCUCUGACGAAGUCCCCUUACUCUGAGUUCAAGGUUUAAGUGUUUUAAGACAACUUAAAUAAAACAUCUUUGCAAAUUA